AUGUGGCCGCUCCAUCACAGCAACGAGUCUUUCAAGAACGUGUUUGUCAAGAGCGGAGAUUACAUCUGCUUCGAGAUCACUGAAUCGACAAGCAAAAUCCCGGAAAAGAUCUACCAGCUUUCUCGACUAUACGUGGUACUGAAGGACUCAGGCUUCAUCGGGAAAUCCUCUCGGAUCGCUGCUAUGGGCAUCAUAGUCGACAGUGACAGAGAAGAGUUUCCAAUAGCUGCGGAAAAAGCCAGAAAUUUCCUCAAGGGAGUGGCAAACACUCCUGACCUAGCAAAGAAUAUGAUCAACUCAAGCAUACCGACUUUCCUUUUGCACGUUCCGAUGCCUAACAUCUACAGCUCGAUAGAAAGACUCAAGGAGGAUGGCUUGCCAAAGCAAAUAGAAGAGCUUGCAAAUGGUGAAGAUGAGAUGAAGAUUGAAAUGAAAAAGCAAAUGGCAGAGCUUGCAAAUGGUCAAGAACAGAUGAAGAUUGAUCAAGAACAGAUGAAGAUUGAAAUGAAAAAGCAAAUGGCAGAGCUUGCAAAUGGUCAAGAUCAGCAGAUGCAAGAGCUGAAGCUCUGCAUACAAGGGCUUGUAAAUGGACAAGGGCAGUUUAAGAAGCAGGUAGAGCAGUCAAGACUUUGCGUAAAGAGGCUGAUCGAGAGUCCCCAGGCACUAACGACUCUCAGUGAUAUGGAGCAGCCUCUCAAGAACUACAGCUGUGCAUGUUUCAGCUCCGAGAAGUUUCUUGUAUUCUCCAAGUGUCGCACGAUUUGGCACUCAAUCAUGGAAAGUACAAACCUUGGGAUCUUUGAGCAGCAGCUCAUCAGCUUGGUGGCUGUCGCUGACACGUGUCUUCAUGGAUUGCCGGCACCGCAGCUCGUUACGUACCAGGCGUUCCCAGCACCAGGCAGAACGUUUCCCAACAUGGGUGAUGGGAUACCGGACUCGCUCGGAGCAGCAGCUCAGAGGAAGAUCCGAGGCACUGAUGGACUCUUGCAGGAUGAUGCGUUGCGCUUUCUGUGGUGGCUGGCGGAUCGCUCGGCGAACAAGGAAACGGCAGCGCUGGAUGGUCUCCAGCUCAAGGCCUCCCUGUCCUUCGCUGCCAUCAUCGCGGGUGCGUUCCGUAAGACUUUUGCCAUUGGAUUCUGCAGCAGACUCAUGCUCUUCAAGAAUGCUUCGGAUGAAAUCACGUCUAUCCUCCAAUGGCAUUGA